CAUUUAUAAAUUCUCAGAAAGAGGCAGUGAGGCCGAACAUUGCCAUCAUCUGAAGGACUUAACUCUGAGGCACAAUGUCGGAGUUUGAUUUAAUUGAUGCGCUGAACUGCUCACCUGACAACGGACUUCCCCCGAGUGACACAGAGCAGGAUGUGGAGCGUGAAGUUAAACUCAGCGAAGACCUGAACCUGACGGUCACCUGCAACAGGACGACCAUGAAGAGAGUAGCCAACCUGGUGCUGGCCGUCAAAAAGCUGAGCAAGUCCCUGUCUCUGUGCGGCAGAGACCUCAGCGACGUGGAGCUCUGUGGCGCCAUCAUGGAUUGCGUGGUGGAAGAAACCAUUUUCCAGGAGGGAUGGAACUCCUCCACAAGACCAGGGAAGCCAUUCUUUCGGCGGUGCAGCAGCAGCGUGUGUGAGGUCACGGUGAGCGAUGAGCACCAAAAAGAUUUCAUCUUGACACCAGGAGGGAUGAUGCUGCAGGCCAUUACCCUGAAAGCCGGAAACUGUGAUCGCGAAGUCAACUUUGAGAUGUGCCACUACAGUCCGCCCCCCAGCAUCAGUUCUUUGACGGUUCUGCUAUCCGUCUCUAAGAACCUGCACAUUUCUUGCUCCAUGGAAGAUGGGAAAGUUUCGCUGGAACUGGAGCAAUAUAGCCAGGAGUCUCUGAAGGAGAUCAACCAGGAUGACGGCUUGGACCGCUUUCUCUUCUUCAAGAAAGUUCCCCCCGGUGGCUCCCUGGUCAGCUUUGAGUCAGUGAAGUUCCGCGGCUGGUUCAUCAGCACUUCCUCUCUGGACAUGGACCACUCGGUGGAGAUGUGUCAGGCAGCCACCUCCUCCAGGGUCACCUACUUCACCCUCAAGGAGCAGGGGAAGAAAUAGAAAUGUAAGCUGUUUGUAUUUCUUUGCUUCACCAUUAGAUGGAGCAAUAAUCCACUUAGUUUCUGAAGUUGCGGUAAAGCACCUGAGUUUUAAGGUAUAAAACGAAAAUAUCUUUUUUCAGGCAACAAAAAAUGACUUGUGUAAUGUUCUCCGUUUUGCUUAGUGGGAAGUAAUGUAAGAGGAUAUUCCUAAAAAUAACUGAUGUAAUGCUUUUUAUUUUAGCAUUUGGUCUAACAUUAUGAAUGUGUUAUGUUGUCUACUUACUGUAUGACUAUGUUUAUGUAUUUCGUUAAAUUUGUAAUAAUGUAAGAACAUUUUCAAGUUUAUUUUGGAAAUGUGUG